AUGACAAUUAGGAUUUUCUUCAUCCUCUCUCUGCUCGUUUGCUCAUCCUCCUUCCUCCAUGUUGUAAGAUGUGAGCCUGACCCGGAUGCAGAAGUAGUCAACUCACCUGAAGAAGGAGGAGAUCUUGGCAUCGUUGGAGAGGAUGCCCAAGAUUUUGGUGGUGGUGGGAGUUUCAGUCCAGCUCCAGGAGUGGAAACUGUUUGUGUUUUCCCUAGGAACCCCUCCAAAUCGGUUUUGGCUGGGGAAGAAAGUGAACUUCUAGUUGGAAUUAAAAAUGAAGGGGAAUCACAUCUGAAUGUCAUUGCAAUCCAGGCCACUGUCCAUCUUCCUUUUGAUCACCAAUAUUUGGUUCAAAAUCUUUCUUCUCAGGCUUUCAACAACGCAUCAGUACCCCCUUCAGCUCAAGCUACUUUCCCAUACAUAUUUGCUGUCAGCAAAUUUAUGCAACCUGGAUCUUUUGAUUUUGUUGGGACAAUUGUUUAUGAGAUAGACCAAUACCCUUACCAAAGUACAUUCUAUAACAGCACAAUUGAUGUUACCGAAGCAGGUGGCCCUCUCAGUGUUGAGUCUGUUUUUCUGUUUUGCCUUGGAGUUGCCCUUCUUGGUCUUCUUGGCUUUUGGAUACGUGGCAGGAUACAAUAUUUUUCAAAGAAAACCAAGAGGUCAUCGAAGGUGGAAGUGGGUACUGGAACAACAGAUCCCUCAAUGGACGAGUGGUUGCAGGGAACUGCAUAUACUCAAUCUGCGGCAAGCAAAUCAAAGAAGAAAAAGUAG